AUGGCCCGUACUGAAGAAGCACUUAUCCGCGAGUUAUUUAGCGACUUAACUCGUGAUGGUAGAACCCCUUCGCAACUUCUAUGCUUCAUGAAGAGUCGUUUGGGUAAAAACGUUAUGGCCGACCCAAUUUUAAAAAGCCUGUGGUUGGAUCGCAUCCCCACUACCAUUACCCAAAUUUUGGCGCCCAUGUCGGAAAACACCCCACUCGACCAGUUAGCGGCCGACCGUAUUUUCUCCCAACUGGAUCACCAAACGACACCAGUACACAGUGCUGAAGCAUCCAGUGACCACAGGUCCUUGGAAAAAGCUGUGGAAGAACUACAGCGGCAAGUCAGAGACCUGACAUUUGCUCUAAAAAACCGUGGUCGAAACCGGUUUCCUUCCCGCCGUCGUUUUAGGAGUCGACGACGUUCGUCUAGCCAAGACGAUGAUACCUCUUCUUCCACUAUGUGCUACUAUCAUCGUAGAUUUGGUUCUGCAGCACGUUACUGCACUAAGCCGUGCAAUUAUACUGCGGUCGGGGGAAACGAGACCGCCAGCAAGUGA